GCAGUAGACGAAUGUCGCGAGUUUCCGGGCAGCUACGUGCUCUACCCCAAGGACGGAGCCCUGGCCGGCUACGAUGAAAUGGCACUCGUGAUCCUGAACCAGCCGAUCCCACACAGCGACACGCCCCUGUUCCCGGCACUGUGGCAGCGCGCAACCUACAAGCUAUGUGUGGACGGUGGCGGCAACCAGCUGUACAGCUUUGGCAAGCGCACAGGGACACUGGACAAGUAUAUUCCGGAUGUAGUUGUUGGCGACCUGGAUUCGCUGGAAGCAGGGCCGCGGGCGUUUUAUUCCAGCAAAGGAUCCGUGAUCCAGCACUACAGUGACCAGGACUCGACCGACUUCAUGAAGAGCCUAAAGUACCUCGACACCGGACUACGGGCUGGCCAGGAUCCAAAGAAAUGCGUGGUUGUGGUGUUUGGCGGUAUCAAUGGGCGGCUUGACCACACGCUGCAUGCCUUGAAGGUUCUGGUGAACGAGCACACGAACCGCGACAUUCUUGUGAUUUCGACUGAGAACCUCACGUUCGUUUUGCCUGAAGGCAAGAGCAAGAUCGAGGUUAAUAAGGAGGUCGACGGCCCAACGUGUGGGAUCUUGCCGUUGGCAGGAGAGGCUGUGCUGACGACCAGCGGUCUGCGGUGGAAUCUGGACCACUUCCCGUCAACGUUCGAGGGGCUGAUGAGCACAUCCAACAUCAUUGACGAUCCAGAGGUGUAUAUUGAGACAUCGCGGCCAGUCGUGUGGACGUCAGAGUUCAGGCCAAUGUAGAGAUACGGUGUUUAGAAUAGUGCUAUUUAGAAGGAACGAAUUAUCAUGUGGCAUAUAUGUACGUAGUGG